UGGCCAUAUCUCCCGGUUACCGUAGUCAUGCACACGCCUACGUCAUUUCAUUUACACAGCCGCGGUUCUGCGUGCAACUGAGAUCUAAUCAUUUUUAGCUUUAGCUACCUGUCAAUGAGUGUAAGCUAAGGCUAUGCAGCCAGUCCCGCGUUCACGUCCAGCACAUUUAAAUGUUAAAUAGCAACUAAUAUAUUGUAUUGCCAUUUCGGUGAGAUUUGGGGUUCGAAGAAAUGCAGAAUGGGAGGUCAGUCAGGUUUUACUUAUAAAACUACAGGUUCGAUAUGUCUGCAACCUGUUAGCGACUUCGUCGGAAUCCCUUUGGACCAGGUGAACUUCUUGUCUUGUCAAGCGGUUGCUCUGGCAGCUGCCUUUUGGUUCCGUCUCUACCUCAGUCCCCAGCAUGCCAGCGCAGUGGUCCGCCAUGCCAUCGUCACUCUCAUUGGCGUCUGCUUCCUCAUAUUCUGCUAUGGCUGGUAUUCUGUGCAUAUUUUUAUCAUGGUGUUUGCUUGCUACUGGAUCAUGCUCAAAAGCAGCAUUCACAACAUUCACAGGUAUUCAAUGAUCGUGGCGAUGGGCUAUCUCACAAUAUGCCAAAUCAGCAGAGUCUUUAUAUUCAGCUAUGGGGUCUUGUCUACAGACUUCUCUGGACCUCUAAUGAUAAUAGCUCAGAAGACUACUUCUUUGGCUUUCCAGUUGCAUGAUGGUAUGGGUCGAAAGGCUGAUGACCUCACAGCAGAGCAGAGACAUCUGGCUGUACGGUCCAAGCCCUCUCUGCUGGAGUACCUCAGCUACCACUUGAACUUCCUGAGCGUCUUUGUGGGGCCCUGCAGUAACUACAAGGACUACAUGGAGUUUAUCGCAGGAAGGCACAUUCAGAGCAAGCUGGCAGAGUCAGGCUACUCUGGACCAGAGCCCUCACCUGUGGGGGCUGUCAUCAAGAAAUUACUCAUCUGUGCCAUUUGUCUCUUCCUGUUCAUGACGGUCACCAAAUCUUUCCCCAUCACCUACAACACUGACAUUGAGUUCAUCAGCCAAGCAUCUUUCCUUACUCGACUGACAUAUUCCUUCUUUUCUAUACAAGCUGCGAGACCCAAGUUUUAUUUUGCAUGGACAUUGGCCGAUGCCAUCAACAACGCCGCUGGUUACGGCCUCAGGUGUGUGGAUAGAAACGGACAGGCUUCCUGGGAUUUCAUUUCCAACUUGAAUAUCUGGGGGAUAGAGACUGCAACAAGUUUCAAGAUGUUUAUUGACAACUGGAAUAUUCAGACAGCUCUCUGGCUCAAGCGCGUGUGCUAUGACCGGGCGCCCCGAUACCGCACUGCGCUGACCUUCGUGCUCUCUGCGCUCUGGCACGGAGUUUACCCCGGAUACUACUUCACCUUCCUCACCGCCAUCCCCAUCACCAUCGCAGCCCGAGCCGUGCGUAAGAACUUUCGCCAGUACUUCCUGUCCUCUCCGGCGGUGAAGUUCAGCUACGACGUGGUUACUUGGCUAGCCACUCAGCUGGCAAUCUGUUACACUGUGAUGCCCUUUCUGCUGCUGGCAGUGGAGCCCACCAUGCGGUAUUACAGAUCAAUGUACUUUCAUUUCCACAUCUUGAGUGUUCUGACUGCAAUCAUCCUACCCUUAAAAUCGACUCGCCCGUACCAGGCUAACCAUUCCAACAACAACCUUCAGGGGAAGUGAUAUCUGCUCCCUAGAUUGGUGCAGGGGCCGGGAGCCUCUGCCAGACAAAGGCCGCUCUGUGCCUCUGUAACAAAGAGCAUUGUGCAGGACUCAUGCUGACAGGCCAGAGGGCGUCGAACUUGGGAAACAUGCAGAAUUCCUGCUCGCGUGAUGCUACUUCUCACAGAAGCAAGAAAGGAACGGAAGCAGGUGGUCCAGUGUUUUCUGUCAGUGCAAAUGAAGAAUAUGUGCUUGAACUGGGUGGAAAUACCAUGAGUGUGAAACCAAAGCAGUGUUUGCUGCAGAAGCAAGAGCAGUUCUAGGAAAGAGGGAGUGGUGAAGAAUUAGGGUUUUUUUGGGCGGGGAGUGAUUUUGAGAAAACACCACCAUACAUUUUUUAAUCAUUUAUAUUUUUUCAUCAUGUUGAGUGGGUAUAGGGGAAAUUUAAGAACAAAAAAUCGGGUAUACUUUCAAAUAACUUGUAUCCAUAAAUUUCAUAUAUUUAUUACUUUUGAUAUUUACAAAAUUCUAAGUAUUGACACACGUUUGCUAAAAGUUUAAGCUAGCUGAAAUGACAAACAAAAAUAGGAUGCAAUAUUUUCCAAUCCAGAACAAAUAAAUAAAGAAAUACAGCCUUUUACAGGAAAUAGAAAGGUAUGUCCACAAAGAGAAAAGAUAGCUCUACGGAACAUAUUCCAUUAUGGAAUGUUAACCAUCUUAUGGUUUUUGACAGCUAUUUUUUGGCCAAGACAAAGGCAGUCUGAGAUUGACCUUUAAUUGGUGGCACCGACAGUGUCUGAAAUGGUGUGUAGGCACUGAGCCCGGUGUUGAGCCUCCAAUCAAACAAAAACUGGCCUUUUGACUUGGUGUCUCCUCAGGUAUCACUGUCAGCACUUCCCAAUCAGAGGUUACGGCCACUUUUAAAUUUGAAUGAAGAUUCUUUUAUUGCACUCUAAAUGGAGAGCUGUACAGGCCAAAGCUUAUAUAUCUGCACUGAGUUGUUUUUGUUAAAAAAAUCUAAUCUUUUGUUAAGGCACUCUGAAAGGAUUGUCAACGUCCAGUGUCUGUCCUGUCUUCCAAUAAUAAUAAUAAAUGAUAAUAAAUGGUCAUAUUAUUUAUA